AACUCACAACGUCGCAGACAUACUUCGUUCGCUUCUAAGAACUUUGUCCCGGAAGCCGCGCGCCGACCUUACGUCUUACCGACACGGAAUACGGCGGCGCUAUACAUUACGUGCUCGUGCUUUCCGGAAGCACUCCAGAUCGGUGGAUUGGGGCAUUUUUGUCUGUUUAAGGGGGGAACGCAUAGAGGUGUAACCGGAGAUGCGCAUUCGUGAGGGAACUGCUCCGUCUGUAGUGUCACCGACUGCCUCAAGGGAGGUGUUUUAAUAACAGUAAAAUGAACGAAGGCGCCAGCCUGAGCCGAUUUAAAAACGCAUACAGAUUGAGGUAUUGUCCUAGUGCAGGCCUAGAAGAGCCACCUGAACUGCAACCUGGCCAAAAUGUUUUGUCUGCAAUACAAAAUUAUUUUGAUGACUCGGAAAGUCAUAUUGAAGCGGAUACUCUUGGUAUAGGGAACACCUCGACACCUGUUAGCGAAAUUUCAAGUAGAUUUGCAGUUAGUAGCAAGAGAUCAUCAGUAAAUCCAACCUACAGGGCUUCUGGUAACUUUCCAACACCAAAGUCACUGAAAUCAGGAUUUCAAGAUGAGAAAGUCCAUCGCCCCUUUACACCGGCACAUAAAUUACAAACUCCUUCUUCAGGAAAUUGGAGCAACAUUCAGAAGAAGAGUUUACCAUUGGCUCAAACUGAACAUAAGGGCAGUGCAUCUGAAAGUGAUUCAGAUGAAUCGCAUAACGAUGUUAACUGUGGAGCAAUAUUACUGGCUCCAGGGGAAGAUGCAACAAACAGAGCUCCAGAUGUGAAAGGCCCUUUAGAUUUGAGCACCAAAUUUUACAAAAUUGAUGGAUCUGUUAUGCAUGACCAUGCUAGCCCAACCAUCAGACUUCCCACAAAAAAGAGGUUAAGUUUCAGAAAUGCCACAUUAAUGAAAGAAGGGGGUUUUGCACAAGAUGAUGCUUUAAAAUUAAUGAGUGAGGGCACAAAAAAUGCGGCUGCCCCUGUAGAGAAAACUUGUACUGUGGACAGUUUGCAUUCAACAAUUGUCCCCAACCAUCCAGCUUCCCACUUUAUACAAGAUGAAGAAGAGGAGGAAUUUAUGAUAAAUGAAGAAGACAGCUGUGUUUUAGAUACAUGGCUUGGGGUGCGUGAGUCAAAUCCUCAGAAAGGAGAGUCACAGUCAAAAAGAGUUGCAGCUAAAAGUGAAAUACCAUCUCAGAUAGCUCAUGGAAAGAAAGACACCACUGUUAAAGGCAAACGGAAAUAUCAAGUACAAUCAAGUGCUCAAAAUAAUGAUAAACCAGCCAAAGAAGACAUACCCCCUGCAAAACUGAAGCGUGCCAAUAAACUGACCAACGUAACGCCAGACAGACAUCUGGUAUUGAGCAAAGAUGAGCAGUUUGGAAAAGCAGCAAACACUUUGACCCCAGAGUCAAGGCGAAAGACGCCAAAAGGCAAGCAAAAAAACUAA